AUGAAAAGACGAUUCUCAGAGGAGAAGUACGAGCACGAGUCGCGUUCAAGUCCCUCGGUAUCGUCCUCGCAUGGCGAAGGUGGACUAGCAGACACGGAGACGGACGCGAACCCUAGCCAUUCAGAUGCAGGUCCCAGUCAACUCUCGGGGAUCCCCUCUCGUAGCCAGCUUCAAGAGACUGGCAUUCAAGCCCAGCAAGCCGCCCCUCCACCCCAAAAGAAGAAGAGAACGCGCACCCUAACUACCCCACACCAGUCUGCCGUGCUGCACGCAUUGCUUGCUCAGUCCCGAUUCCCGACGACUGCUAUGCGUGAAGAAGUCGGCCGCUCUAUCGGAUUGAGUGCUCGGAAAGUCCAAAAUCAGCGUCAAAAGGCUCGCCGUCCGCGCAGUCAGAGCGCAGUCCCACCUCUGACACGCCCGCCGCAAUAUGGCCCAUUUGCUAAUUCCCCUUCAUCCGCGCCAGCGAUGACACAGACUCCCUAUACGUCUGCGCCACUGGGCAGCGCGUCUUCAUAUAGCACAUUCUCUGGCCACUCAGGCCAGCAUAGCGCGGGCCACGAUCAUUAUCACCCUGAAGGAUAUACACACCAUCGUACUGGCGCUAGCUCAAGUCCGACCACACGCCUCUCUGGGCCAGGCGUGCCGGGGCCCAGCACGCCAUUUGCUCCACGCCUGCACCCUGCUCCGCAGCCAUUGGGCCCUCCUCCCCCGGGUUAUAUUCCUUCAUCUGGCUAUGCAGAGCACUGGUCGCCUCAUGAACCGCCUUUCGGUCAUGCACAUGGGGCUAGCUUGAGCGUUGAUCCUCGCCAGACGCCUCCUGUACAGCGUGAAUAUGCUAUUCAGUUACCGCCGCUUGUGCUCGAUGAACGACAGCACACAGGCACGAGUCGGAGUAGUUUUCCACCCUUGGCGCCGCCUCCUUUUCCAUCAGCUCCGCCGCACCUCGAUGCAUUCCAACCCUCGUCAUUGCGGUCACCCUUUAAUGCUACGCCCAACUCUCCUUUCUCACCUUACCCGCCCCGCGGCCUAUCUCAUGAGCCUGGCUCGUCAUCGCGCAUCCUCCCUCGUCUGCACAUUCCCACGCCAUAUGCCCAGUCAUCACCACGACGGAAUCCCACGUCCCUCUCCCCUUACGCCCUUGCGGGACCGUCUGCUUCUAGCUCGACUUCCGGCGGAGCGUUCAUACGCAACACCAUGACUUCGAUCGGUCGGCCAGAACCGCCCACCCUCUCCUUGGCGCCCGUCGCUCCAUCAUGGCGUAUUUCUAGUCCUCGUCCUCCUAGUCCCAGUCCUCGUCUCUCAUCCUCCAGAACCGCCACCCCGCCUCCUCGCCCAGCACGCUUCGAUCCUGUGCGUGCGGCCCAAAACGAGAACAACGGUGGAGGCUUCCAAAAUACUGGCCCGCCCGCGAGACGCACGCCCCCGGACCACACAGCCCCCUGAAUGAGACAUUCACGCCUUCUGAUGCGAUACGACGCCGCUGCAGCAUUAUCAAGCUCACGACGCCACUCACGCCCCCAAUGAAAAAAACGUCUAUAGACGAUAUUUCUCGACCACGCAUUCGUUUCUUCCUACUCCUACCUCUUUCGUUCUUUGACUUCGUAAUCCGUCCCCUUUUUUCGUUCUAUCACUGACAUCUAACGGGACAUUCCUAUACGCGUUCUUUGAUAUCUGUGCUCGCUUAAUUCUGGCCGCGAAAUGGCCCAGUUGUUCAUUAUGUUUCCAUCGUUCACACUGCCGCAUCGUUAAUUUACGACGUAAUUCUAGUAGUCACCACUUACUCUAACGACUUCUCUUUAAUCCCUACUAUAUUGUCGCGUCGUCGUCGAUGCGUUUUUUCCGCUUACAUUUCCUGUAUCGUUGCUACAUGAUAUAUCAAUCACCUUCCUUUACCUGUUUGUAUUCACCAUAGACUUAUACGCGCCCUUAUAAUAUGCCGGCAUCCCAUCGGCGUAGCGAACC